ACAAAACUGUCUUACCGCUAGAUCAGUAUACCACGAUGGACAUUCCAAUCUUCAACUCAAUUGACGAAUCUACCGACUCCUUGGGCUCAGAAAGCCCUAACACCAUGCUACGUCAAGCAUCGGCGGAGUCGUCACGCUCUCAGCUCCGAAUGGCGGAAAGCACUAAUACGGUGGUAAGCCCACCCCUCUCCGAGCAGCCAAAAUUCCGAUACAACGACGGAGAGUUUGACACCCAUCCUAGUAUUGAGGAUGAUUUCAUCCACGCCCGCCGAGAAAUCAUCAAGCGAACCUCAUACCUGAGCGAUGUCGCGUUGCAAAACUAUUAUGUCAACCCGUACGCGCCUAUCACUAGAUUGCCCACCGAAAUCUUGUUGCUAGUUUUCCAGUACGUGGGAAAGGCUAAGAGCGACUGGAUCCGGAUCUUGCCAGUAUGCAGAUACUGGUCCACCCUAUUAUUGGAGCUCAUCUGGUUCCGGCCGAUUGUUCAGGGCGAGAACGCCUACCGUGGUAUCAAGCACGUAAUGACCAACUUAAAACAGAACCCGCAGCAACGCACGACAAACGACUACCGCCAGUGGAUCAAACGGUUGAACUUGUCCUUCAUCAUCCAGUACGCCAAGGACGACUUUUUGGACUUAUUCGAGGGUUGCUCGAACUUGGAAAGAUUGACAUUGGUCAAUUGCAGCAAAUUGACGUCACCAAGCAUUAUUAGAACCUUGGGCGGUUGCACACGGCUUCAGUCAAUAGACAUGACGGGUAUUAAUCCAGACCAUAUCAACGACGCAUUAUUCACAACGUUGGCUGAAAACUGUCCCCGCUUGCAGGGGUUGUACGCCCCGGGAUGCGUAUCCGUCAGCGAAAAGGCGAUUAUCAAAUUGAUUGACUCCUGCCCACUGUUAAAGAGAAUCAAGUUGAGCGAGAAUAAGAACAUUACGGACGUGGCAGUGAAGCGUUUGACCGCUAACUGCAAGUACCUCGUGGAGAUCGACUUGCUAGGCUGUCAAAAUGUCACCGACGAGGGUCUAGCGGAGGUUUUCUCUUCGUUAGAUCAGCUACGUGAGUUCCGUAUCAGUCACAACGAAAACAUUUCGUACGCUUGUAUCGAGCAGUUGGACAUGACCCCCUCAUUGGACCGCUUGCGGAUCUUGGACUUCACCGGCUGUACCCAAUUGACCGACAAGGUGGUUGAAAAGUUUGUUGUCUGCGCCCCCAGAUUACGUAAUGUGGUGUUGAGUAAGUGUCAUCGGAUCACCGAUGCCUCAUUGAGGGCUCUAUCCACGUUGGGCAAGAGUUUACACUACAUUCAUUUGGGCCAUUGUGGGUUGAUCACCGAUUGGGGAGUCAAGGAUUUGGUCAAGCUGUGUCACCGCAUCCAAUACAUUGAUUUGGCAUGCUGUGGGCAGUUGACUAACGAAAGUUUGAUCAGCUUGGCAGACUUGCCAAAGUUGAGAAGAAUAGGGUUGGUCAAGUGCGCCAAUAUCACCGACCGCGGGUUAACAGAGUUGUGUACCAGAAGGGGGCCAAACGAUACGUUGGAACGCGUGCACUUAUCGUACUGCACUAAUUUGACGUUGUUUCCAAUCAUGUUAUUAUUGCGCAAUUGUCCACGGUUAACCCAUUUGUCGCUUACCGGGAUUCAGGAGUUCUUGAGAUCUGACUUCACAGUCUUCUGCAGACCCCCACCGCCGGAGUUUACCCCACAUCAGCAGCAAUUGUUCUGCGUGUUUUCGGGGACUGGGGUGAAACAGUUGCGUACUCACUUAACUCAGUUGUUGACAAAUCCUAUGGGCCUUCAGUUAGGACCGCAGGAGAUGCGUGAAGCCAUUCCCAAUGGCUUUGGAGUGAGAUUGAACCACCCAUUUCCUAACGGAGCGGCGCCUGCAGGUGUAGGGGCCAGCUUGCUUGCUCCGGGGAAUGUCAUGACACAAGGAGAAACCCUUCCUCUUACGGACCUUGGGGUGGAAGAAGCCGGAGAGAACUUUCGCAUGUUACAAUUACAAAGGUAUCAAAUUGCAAGGGCCCAGCAACAGGAACGAAUGGAGCAACAAUACUUGCAAGCGAUACAAGACCACCAGGUCGCCCAACGCCAACAGGGGGCCGUCUUAGAUACCCCGCCCCCACCGCCGCCUCCUCCUCCUCCACAGGCGCCGAUGCAACACCGCCAGACGCCGCUGUUGCAGUUUCUCCAACCACAGGAUAUCUUAGGUGGUCUGCUGGCAGAGUCAGUGACCAACGGGGUGAACAUUAACGCCGACUUGGCUAUUGGAGGCUUAACGGUUAAUCUCCGUGGAGAUCCACAGCCGCAUUUGCAACUCUUAGCAGCAGGUGAUGGUGGAGAUGAACAGUUGAGCACCGCCAAUAUUCAGGCUUUUAUUGCCCAGUUGAGAGAGCCGCCGUUACCUCCGAAUGUCAUUGCGCUCAUGUUUGAACGCACCCAUUCCGAACGCCCACAAAAUUUGGCACAGAUGUACUUGAGACAUCAGGAGUACCAUUUGGUGCGCGAGCGCGAAGCCAAAAGGCAGCAGAUGCAGCGGUUUUUUGCUCUGAGGGGCAUCUCUUUCGAACACAUUACCCGGGAUUUGUUGCUUGAAUUGUUCCAUCACCCGUUUGUUGUUGCUGCUGCUAACCAGAUGAGACUAGAGGAUGAUGACGUGGACCUUGAAGGUGAUGUGUUGAUGUAACAUCCUGACAACUCAGUGUAGGCCUUUAACUUGAAGUUUGGUUUUACGUUCGACAUCAGUGUUAAUAAAAAGUUAAUGCUACCAUUCUCGGAAC